AUGUCCACCCAAGUGGUACCUGUGUUUUAUGCCAACAAACCAAAAUAUGACCAAUACAGUAGACUGCACACCCAACUUCCGACUGUUCCAUGUUCAAUUGCUUUCAAUGUCUUGGGUUCCGCAUGCUACACUACAUUUAUCGCGUGCUUACUCUUCAACUACCACAUGCCCCAUAGCUAUAAGCAAACGCAUCAUUCCACAUCCUUCCUAUAUUCCUACGACUUAGUGUUUGCCGUUGGAGGCAGCGUCACUAGUUGUGCUUGGCUCUUCCGCUAUUUGAUACACCGCAAGAGAUCCGACCAUGAUUCCACCCUUAUGGAAAGCAAUCCCGAGCCUUUCCAUCUCAAAGUUGUAACGCUUGUGGCUCUUCUCAUCCUAAUAAUAAGGGCGCAAAGAAGUACUCUGCUCCUUGAAGCGAUAGAGAUUAUGGGAACCGCUAAAUGUAUUUCCAACAUCUUGGGGUAUGUGGCUCAAGGAGAGUAUUUCAUGAAAACCCUCAGAGGUUCUGAUCUAUCCCCAAGCGUGAACCUUCGUCCAUUAUAUGGUGUGCUAGGCGUGGAAUUCAUAGGCUAUGCUCUUGCCCUCGCCAGCAUGACGCGAAAUAGCGACGGAAUUACCCUUCUCGUCAUUACGCUCGCCGUGACACAUACAUCGAGACAAAAAUCAGAAAGCCGAAUAAACUCUGAAGGGGGCUUAUUUGCUCCCGAGGGAACCACCUCUUUACCGAAGUGUAUCGAUGUACAACUACCGGCAUGCGACAAUUUUGCAACCAUAAACGUAUGCCAUAUUCCAACUAGCGCUGUCAUCGAUUACGACAGCUCCCCGCCGGUGCCCUUCCUUCCACGGACUAGAAGCCAAUCUUGCCCCAAAAGCGUCUUGGUUAAACAUGCCACCAGUGUUGGCAGAAGAGAUUCGUCCAUCUUGAGCUACUUCCAGUACGGAACCUAUUUUCACCACGUGUGCAUCAAACCACCAAACCGCAAACGCGUUUCCUUCGGCCAAAAGGUGGUGUCCUACACCACGUAUGGGGCGGUCCAUAACGAAGAAAUCUUGAGCGCCUGAGUUUUCUGCUCGCGCUUUCCUAUCUGUCUGACAGCACCCCGACAUCUAGUCUUGUGGCAUUACCUGGCCCCAGAAGGCUGGAUCAGUGCUUAAGCUUUAGAUAUACAGAAACUGAUC